AUAGAAGCCAAGCUUUAAAGUAAGUGAACCAUGUGCGCCUCAUUUAUUUUUAAAAGAAACCUCUGAGAAGAGCUUAGAACAAUUUUUUCCCCCCGAGUGCCAUUUCCCAAAGGUACUCACAGAACAAUAAGGUGUGACUGGAAUGGCUGCACUGAGUUGUCUUUUGGACAGUGUCAGAAGGGACAUCAAGAAGGUGGACAGAGAACUGAGGCAGCUGAGAUGCAUCGACGAGCUGAGCGCACGCUGCCUGUGCGACCUGUACAUGCACCCGUACUGCUGCUGCGACCUGCACCCCUACCCCUACUGCCUCUGCUACUCCAAGCGAGCGCGCUCCUGCGGCCUGUGCGACCUCUACCCGUGCUGCCUGUGUGACGUUAAGCUUUACUGUCUUCGCCCGUCUCUCAGAAGUUUGGAGAGGAAAGCCAUUAGAGCCAUAGAGGACGAGAAGAGAGAGCUUGCCAAACUGAGAAGAACGACAAAUAGAAUUCUGGCCUCCUCUUGCUGUAGUAGUAACAUUUUAGGAUCGGUGAACGUGUGCGGCUUCGAACCGGAUCAAGUCAAGGUUCGCGUGAAGGACGGAAAGGUGUGUGUGUCGGCCGAGCGCGAGAACAGAUACGACUGCCUGGGGUCGAAAAAAUACAGCUACAUGAACAUCUGCAAAGAGUUCAGCUUGCCCCCGUGCGUGGACGAGAAGGACGUGACGUACUCCUACGGGCUCGGCAGCUGCGUCAAGAUCGAGUCUCCCUGCUACCCUUGCACGUCUCCCUGUAACCCCUGUAGCCCCUGUAGCCCCUGUAGCCCCUGCAGCCCCUGUAGCCCCUGUAACCCCUGUAACCCCUGCGGCCCCUGUAACCCCUGUAACCCCUGUGACCCCUGUAACCCCUGUUAUCCUUGUGGGAGCCGGUUUUCCUGUAGGAAGAUGAUCUUGUAAAGUGUAGGAACCUAGGACUUAUAGAAGUCAUGUAUCCAGCCAGGCAGCUCUUCCAGUGUUUCUCUCCCCCUUCCCAUGGCCCGUGUUAUUCGAGAACAUAGGAGACUGAAUACAUAACAGCAAC